GAAAGGGAGGCAAGCCAGAGAAGUCUUAUUUAACCGUAAUAUUUGUUGAAAACAAGAAUAUCCACUGAUUUCAGUUAAAAUUGUAUAUUAAAAUUCGUGAAAUAUGGCAAAUAAAGUAGCGAGAGAUUACACUAAAGAUAGAGAACAAUUCAAGACUUUCUUCUUGGAAUUUGUGGCAAUAGAUGAUAAGACAGAUAUUAAGACCUUCAAAUAUAGACAGCAGCUUACCAAGAUAGCUCACAGAGAACAAAUUAGCUUUGAGAUCGAUUUGGAUGAUGUACAAUCGUUUGAUGAAGAACUAGCCACAUCUGUUGCUAAUAAUACACGAAGAUAUACUAAUUUAGUUUUGGACUUGGUUCAAGAAAUGUUACCUGAUUUCAAAGAAAGAGUUGUCUUACCUAAAGAUUCAUUGGAUAUUUAUCUGGAGCAUCGAUUAUUAAUACAAGCUCGCACUAGGCAACCGGGUGAAGCUCAAGAUGCCAGAACUAAAUAUGCUCCUGAAUUAAUGCGUCGUUUUGAAGUGUAUUUUAAAGAUUUCUCCGAUUCAAAGGCAUAUUCAGUAAGAGAUAUUAAGGCAGACAAAAUUGGGAAAUUGGUGACAGUUAGAGGCAUUGUUACUAAAACUACUGAAGUUAAGCCAAUGAUUGUUGUAGCAACAUAUACAUGUGAUGAAUGUGGUUCGGAAGUGAGCCAACCGGUACAUUCCUUAAGCUUCAUGCCAUUACGGACAUGUCCGAGUGAGGGAUGUCGCGUGAACAAAUCUGGUGGCAGAUUAUACUUGCAGACAAAAGGUUCGAAGUUUAUUAAAUUUCAAGAGUUAAAAUUGCAGGAACAUAGCGAACAAGUUCCAGUUGGCCAUAUACCACGAUCUUUAACUAUCUUCUGCCGAGGCGAAACGACGAGAAAUUGCUUGCCUGGUGAUCAUAUUAUCGUUACUGGUGUGUUUCUGCCAUUUUUGAAAACAGGUUUCAAUGCUAGAUCAGGACCUGCACUUUCUAGUGAGACUUAUUUAGACGCCCAUAAAAUAGUAUGUCUGAAUAACGUAGAUACGGUAGAUGAUAGUAAUGCCGAAUUGACUGAUCAGGAAUUAAGUUUGCUGAUGCAAGAUGAUUUUUACAACAAAUUGGCUUGUUCCUUAGCUCCGGAAAUUUACGGGCUCGAAGAUGUGAAAAAGGCAUUACUUUUACUUCUCGUUGGUGGAACGGACAAGAAGAAAGGCGACAUUAAAAUUCGAGGUAAUAUCAAUAUCUGUUUGAUGGGAGAUCCCGGUGUAGCAAAAUCGCAAUUAUUAUCCUACAUCACGCGAUUGGCUCCAAGAUCACAGUAUACUACAGGACGAGGCUCGUCCGGUGUAGGUUUGACCGCUGCAAUCAUGAAGGAUCCUUUAACCGGUCAAAUGGUAUUGGAGGGCGGAGCUUUGGUAUUGGCGGAUCAAGGGGUUUGUUGCAUCGACGAAUUUGAUAAGAUGGCAGACGCAGAUAGAACGGCGAUUCAUGAGGUGAUGGAGCAACAGACUAUAUCUAUUGCCAAAGCCGGCAUAAUGGCUCGUUUGAACGCUAGAGUAUCCAUAUUGGCUGCUGCCAAUCCGGCGUACGGCAGAUACAAUCCACAGAGAUCAGUGGAACAAAAUAUCCAAUUGCCUGCCGCGUUAUUAUCGCGAUUUGAUUUAUUGUGGCUUAUUCAGGAUCGCGCAGACCGAGGUAACGAUCUUAAAUUAGCACAACACAUCACAUAUGUGCAUCAACAUUGCUCGCAACCUCCGACUGAAACGGAAGCUAUAGAUAUGAAAUUAAUAAGAAAAUACAUAAAUUUGUGUAAGACAAAAGAACCUGUUAUAUCAGAAGAAUUAACGGAAUAUAUUGUAGAUUCUUAUGUGGAAAUGCGAAAGGAAGCGCGUAACAGCCACGACAAAACGUUUACUUCCGCUCGUAAUCUGUUAGCUAUCCUUCGAUUGUCGACGGCAUUAGCACGAUUGCGAUUAUCGAACGUGGUCGACAAGGACGAUAUUGCAGAAGCGAACAGAUUGGUAGAGAUGUCCAAGCAUUCAAUCAACUAUUCCGAACAACGCACAAAUAACACGCAACAGAACCCGAUCAAUAGAAUUUUCCAUUUGAUACGAGAACUUGCCGGCGAUAAGAAGACAGUCAAAGUAUCGGACAUUUUAGAGCGAUGUACGAGCAAGGGAUUUAAACCCGAUCCCGUGUACAAAUGCAUCGAAGAGUACGAGGCAUUGAACGUGUGGCAGGUCAAUCAGACCAGAAGAUUGAUCACUUUUAUAUAACUUUGUGCUUAAAGACACAAUAUCCUUCGCAGAAUCUGAUGUACCUCUUUUUCCUAUAUCCUGAAAGGUAUUUCGACAAUAAAUAACUAAUAUUUAUUUGUUUAAGAGAAUUCCUACAUACUUAUAUUAAAAUUACAUGUAUCCUGAAAGAUAUCCCGACAAUAAAUGAUUAAUAUACGCGUGUA